CCCUCACUUCUGCUGGUUUCUCACUCUUACAGUCUCACUCUGGUAGAACGCGUCCCACACGAUGCCACAAAACCUGAUACACUCUCUCAAUCCCCAAAAUCUAACCUUCGCCGUCUCUACUUUUCGAGCUGACGGCGAAGUCCCAGUCCUCAAUGAAAAGCAUUGGGAUGGUGGCCAGUGUCGCAUUUUCAAAGUAGACUUCUCAGAGGGAGAAAGCUGGUCUAUACGGAUUCCGAUCCACGUGCAGAGCGAUUCCCAAGAAACAAUUGCGAGCCUACUGCGACAUGAGCGAGACGUGCUAGAAGAGCUUGACAGGGGAGGCUUUCACUGGGCUCCGAAACACCGCGGGUCUAGCUUUACGUUCGAUAACUUGGUUGGGUUUCCGUUCCUGGCACUGUCUUGGAUCGAGGGCUCACCCCUUACCUGGUCUACCACUGAUCCACCAAGGCCUGUUCGGGAUAAAGUGCUUCGCCAAGUCGCUGAGGUUCAGAUGGCUAUCAUUGAAUGCAGUAAGGAAAACAAGGGCACCGCUACACAGUACUUCUCGAGAUUGAUGGAUAACAAGUUACGCCGAGUACGCAACGGCCAACUUCCCGAGUUGACUGAGCAAGAUUGUUUCGACCAGAGAGAUCUUCUCCGUCAAGUAAUUCUCCCGGAACUGGAGAACGCGCCAUUCGCCAUCGAUCAUGGCGAUCUAGCAGCCCAAAACAUAAUAGUGGACUCGGAAUAUAACAUAACCGGCAUCAUUGAUUGGGGUUUUGCUUCAAAAGUUCCCGCACAAUUGGCUGGUCGUUUACCCCGUCUCCUUCAGCUGUCGGAGCUUGUCCUUCCCCCGAGCCCCAUUCUUCAGGAAGAUCGAAAGGCGUAUAUUACCUCGCUCAGAUCCCACUCUUCAGAAGCGGCAUAUUGGAUGGCGCUCAUUCAAUCAUCCCCAGAUGUUGAUUUCCACCACUGCCUAUUGGAGUCGAUGAGAAGCAAGGGAAUGCAUCAUGCCCUAGCGAGACUAGGAUGGCGUCUCCCAUAUUGUGAAAGUCAUCAACGCUAACUCAAACGAAAGCACAUGCAUCAACAUUUUAUCCUCUUGGAUCCGGAACUUGGUUCUAGGUAUUCCUAGGCGAGAAGGACGGGUAGGUACAGCCCGAGAAGAGGAGGAGAUGGAUAGCUAGAUG